ACAGUGAUAUUCCCUAGUCACGCGUGUAGGUUGUGAACAACGUCGUGUAAUAACAUCUAAAAAAUAUAGUGCACAGAAAAAAUCAAUGAGGAGCGUCAAGCAUGUCAAUAUGGUUGUCUAAAAGAGUUGUGUCUCUCAUCUUAUUCCACAUUUGUGCCAUCUACUGGGUUCAUUGCCAGACAUUGAUUGGCCCGAAAGGUCCUCCGGGAGAACCCGGCAGAGUUUAUAACGGGUCUCAAGGUCCACCGGGUAUACCUGGGGAAAAAGGCCGACCAGGAUUACCUGGGAACCCAGGUGGGAUCGGAAUCCCAGGCAGAUCUGGGUUUCCGGGAUUUGACCCAGAAGUCAGACUACAUGACUUGAUAGAGCGGAUUUUGAUCCUCCAGUUUAUGAAAUACACGGACGCCGAAUUUAAUGCAGGAUUGAGGGAGGAUGAUACCUACUACCAACUCCAAUAGCCUUCGUCGAGCACUUACUUGCAUGUGCCUGAUUUAUACCUGUGUCGCAUUGGCCCAAACCCCCACAACCGCUCCCUUAAUAGACACAAAUGAUGAUGUUACAGAAACAACAAAUCAGUCUCUAGACAAAAAGGAUACAGUAAGCCAAACCUCACCAUCAACAACCACAACAACAUUUGAUCCAUUUGAAGACGAGAACGAAAAUAUUACUGAACCGGUUUGUCUGCCUGGAGAGAAGGGAGAUCGUGGACCGGACAGCGAAUGCUGGAAUGGCAGUCCAGGUCGUCCAGGAUACCCAGGCGAAUCUGGAGAACCUGGAGAACCUGGACGACAAGGCCUGCCCGGUGUCCCGGGACCCAUGGGCCCACCGGGUUCAUUUUAUGUGGGGUCCAUCCGAGACGAGGCUGAAAACGUCAAUGCCUUUAAAAGAUCGAUAGAAGAGAGGUUCAAUAUCUCAUUGGAUUUGGACUUGGAGGAUUACGAGAGUUUACUAUUUGGUGAGGUUGUAAAUACAACUGAGAGAUUGUUUCGCGAGCUCUUUUCCCAAUAUAUACUCAACUGGACAGAAGAACCUCUUGAGCCUUUGAGUUCACUCGAUGAAGGCUAUCCAAACAAUCCGUCAGAGGGCGACUACAGUCUCGUCUCUGGUGAUUGUUCAGUAAAAUGCGGCCAAGGGGUCAUGGCAGUUCAGACCGUGAAUUGCCAAAAUGUUGAAAGGAAAGAGAACGCCCAAUGUCAGCAUUCGAGGACCGUUUUGCAACCUUGUACGGGACCCUUGUCUCAUUGUCCAUCGGAAAAACAAUACGGGCAAUGGACUCCCUGGUCAUCUUGUUCCCAGACUUGUACGGACAAUUUCCAAAACAUGCCUCGUCAAAGGAGAUCUCGCACGUGUGAACCCAAUUGUGCCAUGGGGUUCUUGGAAGAUCGACCUUGUGUGUUGCCCCUAUGUCCUCCAGUGUGCCCAAAAUACACUCGCCGAGGAUUUGAGAAACAUGAUGAUUUGAGGGUUCAGCUUUCCUUCGGAAUGCAAGAGGGCAAAGUCAACUUUGGACGCUUGCUUCGACAGGAACUAGAGUUAGUUACCUUAGAUGGAGACUACGUUACCACUCUAGUUUGGAAUUAUUCCGAUUUUAAGAGCCCGCCAUCUCCGCCCUGGCAAAAUCACCUUUCAAGACCAACUUUUGGGAACUUCUUUGAUUUCAAGACCGUGUCUGACCUUAAAUUGCGGAGCGUCUACAUCCCAAAAAUUCGUGUGAUUUCUGAAGUGGAUUUGCCCCAAAGUGAGUUUGUAUUCGAUAAUUUCUUGACCAAUUACAAGCGAGUGUCCACAGUGGUCCAAGAAUGUCAAGGAGAGCCUCUCCUGGAAUGCAACUUUUGGGAAUGCAAGAAUGGCGAUGAGAUCCAUGUGGAUGACUUAUGCACAGAGACUUGGGAAUGCAAAGAUGGGUCAGAUGAGGACCCAAAGCUUUGCAAGGGGGGCUCUGGACUCGUUUUGACACUGCUGUCCGUCGGAUUGACUUUGUACUGCCUCUUGGGAUUCGGCGUUUGGAUCACCCUGAAACUCAUUGUCAGGGUUGAAACGGAAACAAACGAAAUUGAGUUGUCCAAUGACCAGGAAAACAUCUACCCAUUAGCUCGAGCAUUACACGCUUUGGUCAAAAGCGCCGGACCUAAAGGAGAGAUAGAAGGAUCCGAUUCCAUCAUUAAAGGUCUGUACUUGGAAUCACGGGAAAAUGAAAAGCUUCAGGACUUCUUUUGGAUCAUCAAAAACCUACCGACUUGGAACUACAAGGCCGUGAAUCAGAUUGUUCUCAAGACUUAUUAUUUUGAACUUGGUCAGCAGUGCACUGACAAUCCUGACGAUACCAGGGCUAUUGGGUUUGCUAUUAACCAUUGGAAAACGCAAUGUGAUCCAAAAAUAUUGAAAUGGGUUCUUUCCAUCGUAGAACAAGGAAAACUGUCACUCCUCAAAAUGAAGCUUCGACAAGUUCUCCACAAGAAAAUGAUCAAAUACCCCUUCCUGCAAACCCACAUAUCGCAAAAUUUCUUUGUCCAUUCCAUCCCACCUCUCAUCAAGAUAACACUGUUCUACUUUGAUGUCUUAAAAGACUUUGGGAUCAUCUGCAUUCUUCACUACAUCUCGGAGGAGCUGUUCCAGCACCACUUUGCUGCCAUUGGGAACAUCAACCUGGACGCCAUCAGAGGCUUUCUCAUGUGCAUCCUGUUUGGAAGCCAGGUUGGAAUCCUCGUAUUAUCUGCCACAAAACUGAAAGAAAUGGCACUUUAUGGAGACGCGACUCCGUUUCCAAAAUUGGCCCGAAUCUUGUCAUUAUUGUUUCCUGUUCAUUUUGCCUUACUGGAACGUGCCAAAACGACCUUCGACUUGCGUCAAGAGCAAGAAAAAUGCCGCUUAGACAUGACCCACUUAUUGGAGACGCCUGAAGAAUUAAACGAAGCUCAAAAGGAGCGUACUAAAGCGAUGAAGUGGAGAAGAAUCAAGAUGAAGUCCUUGGAACACCGCUCCAAAUCGAUCCAAGUCCAUUAUAACCGAAUUCAAAUCAUUGAGACUGUUGUUGAGCGAGUGCCACAGAUCCUGAUUCAAAUGACCUUAUUUCUCGCGAGCCAAGAGUACCCAAGGCUAAAGGCCUUUUUCGCCAACAUUAUUCAAUACCAGAUUGGGAUCUCCGGUCAAGCCUUGUUCACCGUGGCCUUAUUGUCCUCGCUGGUUGGCGUCAUCAACACCGUGCGGCAUGUGAAGAAUGAGAAGCGAUUCCCAGUGGCACCUUCAAUGUGUGGAUCGACAACUUUGUUGAAAAUAUUGGCCCAAUGGCACGGAAUAAAUUUUGAGCGGAAGCAAGUGGUUCGUCAGUUUCAGGAGAUUGCCCCGGUAAGCCGAAUCCGUGAAAGCAACCUCACCAAAGUCAGUUUUGUGCGGCAUCCGUGGCAAAGAUUAAUCUCUGCCUAUCGGGACAAAUAUUACAACGUGUCUGCGAUGGCGAAGCAUAGAUUUGAUGACAUGGUGGGCCAUAAUUCCACCAAUUUCACCAGCUUCUUGGAACACGUGGUGGAAAGUGGAAGAAGGGAUCUUUUCAAUAUGAACAUUCAUAUCCGGCCCCAAUUCAUUGCAAUGAGCUUCUGUCAAGUCUCCUAUGACUUCAUUGGACGACUCGAGACCAUGGAGAGCGAUGUCAUCCUGUUCCUACAAAUCCUAGGCUUGCCACCGGAUUUCAUCCGGACUAUGGCGUAUGAGAGAGAAAACUGCUCCACGUGUUCCAAUGGAACGAAGACUUAUUCUGAGCAACAUGAAAGAGUCUUGUCAUCGAUAGAUUCAGAUCUCAUUCGGAGAGUGGAACAGAUCUAUCAAUAUGACUUCGAAGCAUUCAACUAUGCCAAAUUCAUUCCCCACUCGCAAUAUCAAUAAAACCCAAGGUUAACCCGGCUCUCUCAGUCAGUGUGCGUGUGUGCGUGUGUGCGUGUGUGCGUGUGUGCGUGCCUUAUUCUCUCUUUACCUCGCCCUUGGUCGCUCCUUCCCCAUUUUGAAACACUCAGAUUUGGAACGCUUUGACGAAACGAUCGACGAGAACCGACGUGGAACAACUUGUUGCUAUAAAAGCGAGCCCUGAAGGUUGGGGUUCCUCAUUCGCCUUUUUUCCCUCUUGCUUGCCAUUCGACGAGCUUUUUUCACCCGACCCUCCAAACUACACAAACGAGUUCAAAAGAAUGAAUUUGAGUUACUCCUCCCUGAUUGCCGCCUUCUUUGUUGUGUGUACUGUUGUUCUGACCCUCAUGAGUGGGCGUGCCCAGUCCGCCCCCUCGCCUCAAGAGGAAGGGGCGGGCAUGCGCUCGGCACUGGAAUACCUCCAGAAACUCGACCAAUACUACUCGCAAGCUGCUCGACCAAGGCGGAGCCAAGAUAGAACCAGACGGGAAGAUGUGGCAUCUGCCCUCAUGAAAUUAUCUCAGAUCCGCCAUCAUUACUCUGAUUUAGGCCGACCCAG